AUGAUGGAACAGAAAGCACUUCCCAAGCUGGCUGAUGACCCCAGGCAAAAGGGCUUAUUUACCUCUGAUCAGGAGACUCAUGGAAUAGAUAGAGCCUUCCUUUGGGGAUCUGCUUUUAUGAUUGCUCCAGUUCUUCAAGAGGGAGCAAGAUCUGUGGAGGUGUAUUUCCCUGAAGCACCAUGGUUUGACUACUACACGGGCAAUAAAGUGCCAGCAUCCUGGCUCAAGAGCUACGCCACAGUCGAUGCUCCAUUGAGCAAGAUCCCCCUGUUCCUGCGUGGAGGCUACAUCCUGCCCACACAGGCACCGGCCACGACAACAACUAGGAGCCGUCUGAACCCAUUUGGGCUCACUAUUGCACUGGAUGACCAAGGAGAAGCUUCUGGGUCGCUCUUCUGGGAUGAUGGGGAUUCGAUUGGUAAGUUUGGUUCUCCUGCUGUAAAACAGGGUAAGAACAGGAUUCCCUUUACAYCAACUUAG